UUUGUCUGUGUCUGUUUUUCUGUUUAUGUAUGUUUUUCAUAGUGUGUUGGAUUUAUUUGAAAAGAGAGAGGUUAAAAUUUUAUCGAAAUUUGUGAAGCUGGGAUGAGAAUUUAGGAGGCAAUAAGAUUAUUUCAGAACUGGGUUUCAUUGGAAUUCAUGAAUUCAUGUGCCAACCAUGCUCACAAUUCUGGGUUAAAAAAAAAAAAUGAGAAGAAAAAACACAAAAAUUUGAACUAUAUGACUAUAACAGUGUGGAAGUUGGCCAAGACAUUGACAAUAUAUUUGUGCUUGAUUGUGUUGAUUCUGUUUCAAUCAGUUUAUAGGGGACAUAAUUUGAGCUAUAUAACUAUAACAUUUAUCGUUUAUCUAUGUCAUUGAAGUAAUGAUCACACAUUUCAUUGAGAUUACUUAUCUUAUAUCUACAUUUUAAGAAUUUCAAUGAUAUUGGUAGUGAAUUUGAUCUUAUUCAAAAUGUGCCGUCAUCCGUGUUACUCUGAUGAUUGCUUGUGUAUUCUUGAGUGUGCAACAAGUACUUUUUUUUGGGUUGCUACAUCAGGAGGGCUUGUGUAUUUUCCUUAGGUUGACCUACAGGAGAAUUAUACGGCUUCUACACCCUCAUGGUUCGAGAAAAAGAUAUUUGCUGGGAAUAUGCUGAGAAAUUGGAAGGAAAUAAGGUGAGAUGCAAAUUUUGCCAGAGAGUUUUGAAUGGUGGAAUCAGUAGAUUGAAGCAUCAUCUAUCUCGACUUCCAAGUAAAGGUGUAAAUCCAUGUACCAAAGUGAGAGAUGAUGUUACUGACAGGGUGAGAGCUAUAAUAGCACAAAAGGAGGAGAUUAAAGAAAGUUCUUGUGUUACAAAGCCAAAGCUAGUAGAAGCCAAACCUCCUGGCAAUAUAUCCAUGGUUAAAGCUUCUAUGCCUUUGGAGUCAGUCGUAUCUCCAAUUCAGAAAGUCUUCCCUACUGUAUCAUCAAUGGCUCCUCCAUCCUUGAACAACCAAGAAAAUGCAGAGAAAAAUAUUGCUCUUUUCUUUUUUGAGAAUAAGCUGGACUUCAGUGUUGCUCGAUCUUCAUCCUAUCAGCUUAUGAUUGAUGCAGUAGCAAAGUGUGGUCCUGGAUUUACAGGUCCAUCAGCAGAGAUACUGAAGACUAUAUGGUUGGAAAGGAUAAAGUCAGAGGUGAGCCUACAAUUGAAAGAUGUAGAAAAAGAAUGGACAACCACAGGUUGUACCAUUAUUGCAGACACGUGGACUGACAAUAAAUCAAGAGCUCUGAUUAACUUUUUAGUUUCGUCUCCUUCCAGGACCUUUUUCCACAAAUCUGUAGAUGCAUCUUCAUAUUUCAAGAACACAAAAUGCCUUGCUGAUUUAUUUGAUUCUGUUAUUCAAGAUUUUGGCCCAGAAAAUGUUGUGCAAAUUAUCAUGGAUAGUAGUUUCAAUUAUACUGGUAUUGCAAACCAUAUCAUGCAGAACUACAGAACCAUUUUUGUGUCUCCCUGUGCCUCUCAAUGUUUGAAUCUUAUCUUGGAGGAAAUUUCAAAGGUAGAUUGGGUAAACAGAUGUAUCUUACAAGCACAAACCAUAACAAAGUUUAUAUAUAAUAGUGCUUUGAUGCUUGAUUUGAUGAAACAGUAUACUGGGGCACAGGAACUUAUUAAGACUGGUAUCACAAAGUCCAUAUCCAACUUCCUCUCACUGCAGUCUUUGUUGAAGCAAAGGUCUAGACUGAAGGUUAUGUUCAAUAGCCCUGAGUAUUCUACGAACUCCUCAUACACAAAUAAACCGCAGAGCAUAAAUUGUAUUGCCAUUGUUGAGGAUAAUGAUUUCUGGAGGGCAGUUGAAGAAAGUGUGGCCAUCUCCGAGCCUUUUCUGAAAGUGUUGAGGGAAGUAUCUGCAGGGAAACCAGCUGUGGGUUCUAUUUAUGAGCUAAUGACCAGGGCCAAGGAAUCGAUAAGGACAUACUAUAUAAUGGAUGAGAAUAAGUGCAAGAUAUUCUUAGAUAUAGUAGAUAGAAAGUGGCGGGAACAACUCCAUUCACCCUUACAUGCAGCAGCAGCAUUUUUGAACCCUAGUAUCCAGUAUAAUCCAGAAAUGAAAUUUAUUCCAGCUAUGAAAGAAGAUCUUUACAAAGUUCUGGAGAUUCUACUUCCUAUGCCUGAUAUGAGACGUGACAUCACGAAUCAAAUAUGUACCUUUACUAAGGUGAGAGGGAUGUUUGCUUGUAACUUAGCAAAGGAAGCUAGAGACACCGUUCCACCUGGGCUUUGGUGGGAACAAUAUGGCGAUUCUGCACCUGUUUUGCAACGAGUUGCCAUUAGAAUACUAAGUCAAGUUUGUAGCAGUUUCACUUUUGAGAGGCAUUGGAACACAUUUCAGCAAAUCCACUCUGAGAAGCGGAAUAAGAUCGAUAAAGAAACACUGAAUGACCUUGUAUAUAUAAAUUACAAUCUGAAGUUGGCAAGACAGAUGAGAACAAAGUCUUUAGAAGCUGAUCCUAUUCAAUUUGAUGACAUUGAUAUGACCUCAGAGUGGGUAGAGGAGAGUGACAACCCAAGCCCAACUCAGUGGCUUGACAGGUUUGGUAGUGCUUUGGAGGGAAGUGACUUGAAUACUAGACAGUUUAAUGCUGCCAUAUUUGGUGCAAGUGACCACAUAUUUAAUUUGUAAUUGUGUAGCCCUCUUAACCUUUAGUGUAUCUCUAGUUCUGAAGUGCCUUGUAAGUUGUAUCUGUUCCUUUUACAAUUGGUGCCUUUUCUCUAUCUAGUUGGUUAGUGAUAAAUUAGUAUUUGCUCAAUGACCAUAUUGCUUUUCAUCCCUGUAGAUAUUUAUCAAUUUCUUUUUGGGCAUGUAAGAGGAAGCUAAUAUUCACUUUU